CGAGCGUCUCAACAGAGACAAGCGUUCUCUUCUUUUGCGGUAGGGAGUCUUGCUUCUGAACAAAUACUCGUCGUCUUAGUUUUUCUCGUUUCUUUACCCAUGUUAUUCUUUUGAUUCAUGCUUUCUUUUGUACAUACCUUUUGACGUUAACUAUGUUGCUCAAACUUCGUGUUUGUUUCCGUUCAAUACAGUCCAGACAGCUAAACCCAUGUCUCAAUUUGUUUAGAUACUGUCAUUUCGAUUCAAAACUGGGUUCUAAUUCUACAAACCCAAUAACAACUGUUACACCAAUAGAACCCCAAAAUAAUGUUGCAAUUUUCUGGGAUUUGGACAACAAGCCACCAAAUUCAUUCCCGCCAUAUGAGGCUGCUUUUAGGCUUAAAAAGGCUGCGUCUUCGUUUGGGGUUGUUAGAUAUAUGGUGGCGUAUGCUAAUCGGCAUGCGUUUAGUUAUGUGCCAAAUGUUGUAAAAAAGCAAAGAAAAGAAAGAAAAUUGUUGAAUCAGCUAGAGAAUAAGGGUUUGAUUAAACCAGUAGAACCAUAUUUGUGUAGAGUUUGUGGUAGAAAGUUUUAUAAUAAUGAGAAGUUAAUUAAUCAUUUUAAGCAAAUUCACGAGCGUGAACAGCAGAAGCGGUUGAAUCAAAUAGAAUCAGCUAGAGGGAAUAGGAGAGUUAAGUUAGUGGCAAAGUAUGCAAUGAAGAUGCAGAAGUAUAAGAAUGCUGUGAGGGAUGUUUUGACUCCGAAAGUAGGAUAUGGUCUGGCAAAUGAGUUGAAAAGGGCAGGGUUUUGGGUUAGGACUGUAUCAGAUAAGCCACAGGCUGCGGAUUUGGCAUUGAGGGACCAUAUGGUGGAUGUGAUGGAUAAGAGGAAGGCUGAUUGUUUAGUACUUGUAUCAGAUGAUUCGGAUUUUGCUGGCGUUUUAAAGCAGGCUAAGUUGAGAUGUCUGAAGACUGUUGUGGUUGGGGAUAUUAAUGAUGGGGCAUUGAAGAGGGUUGCUGAUGCUGGUUUUUCUUGGCAGGAGAUUUUGAUGGGGAAGGCUAAGAAGGAGGCAGUAUCAGUUGUGGGGCGGUGGAAGGACCGUGACAUGUUGGAGAGACUAGAGUGGACACACGAUCCAAAGGAGGAGAAAAAUUUUUCUAGUGUGGUUAAUGCUUUUGAUUAUUGUGGAAGUGAUGAUACUUGUGAUGAUGAUGAUACUUGUGAUGAUGAUGAUGAUGAUGGCGAUGCUGAUGAUGGUGAUUGUGAUAGAGAGUGUGGAGGUUUUGGUGGUAUCUUUGAUGAAGAUGAUGUUGACUGUAAGCAAAAGGAAGCUGCGAGUGCUUGGUGGGAGUUGAAUUCUGAUCCAGAGGCUAAUGCUUAAAAACAUGCUUUGGUCACAAGAUCAGUUUUUAUUACUUGGGUGAAGUUCACCAUUACAUUUUAUGAGGUUUGACAAGCAGACCACCUGGAACCAUGGCCUAUGAUUCCUGAACAUUCUAUUUAAAUUUCAGCUCCAAAAUGCGAUUAUUGCUAUGGAGAUAACAUGUGAUAAUUUGAAUGUAGCUGGAAAGUUUUGGGCAGAUGUACAGGAAAUUAUAAGAUGGUUCAUUGCUGGAUCAAGGGGUAUUAUGUACCUUAGUUGAGAAAUGAUCUUCAUUGUCUCUAACAAUGAAAUUUUCGAACUGGAGCCUAAAAUCCAUUUUUCUGCUGAUGGCAAGCACUGAAAUAUGAAAUCAAGAAUGAGACCUUCGUGCGAAAUUGAAUAAUUGAAUUUGAUAUUGAAUCGAUCAACUACUUCAAAAAGGAAGUAGCUUCCUUUAUGAAUGUUGAAUUUAUCCGAAUAAUUCUCUAUUCUAACAAGAAUUUAUACAUGUUACUUUUCAAAUAUA